GGAACUUUUAUCAACAAUUUUGGUAACUAUAAAGGUGAAGGUGUAUCAAAAACAAGCGAUAUAUUUACGGUGCAAAAAUUAUACAAUUUGCAAACUUUCAGGUUGUAAACAGGUUUGCAUUUUACAUUUAUUAAACAAAGACGAAUAUGGUUCCGAUCGGUCCCAGUGGCGGACACGGCGGUCACUCAGGAGUUCACCAACCACAAAUUCAAAACCCACAACCGGUAUCCAGUCAAAUUUCAAGUCAACAGUCAUCUAAUAAAUCUUCCACAAGCAUUAAACCUAAUUAUACUUUAAAAUUCACAUUAGCUGGUCAUACAAAAGCGGUUUCUGCUGUUAAAUUUAGUCCAAAUGGAGAAUGGCUAGCAAGCUCAUCAGCUGAUAAAUUAAUCAAAAUAUGGGGAGCGUACGAUGGAAAAUUCGAAAAAACUAUUUCAGGUCAUAAAUUGGGUAUAAGUGAUGUUGCCUGGUCAUCAGACAGUCGUUUACUAGUAAGUGCUAGUGAUGACAAAACCUUAAAAAUAUGGGAACUAAGCUCCGGAAAAUGUUUGAAAACUUUAAAAGGACACAGUAAUUAUGUGUUUUGCUGUAAUUUUAAUCCACAAAGCAAUUUAAUAGUAUCAGGAAGCUUUGAUGAGAGUGUGAGAAUAUGGGAUGUUCGAACUGGAAAAUGCUUAAAAACGCUGCCUGCACAUUCAGAUCCAGUUUCCGCCGUACAUUUCAAUAGAGACGGAUCUCUUAUAGUUUCCUCAAGUUAUGAUGGAUUAUGUCGCAUAUGGGAUACAGCAAGUGGCCAGUGCUUAAAAACAUUAAUUGAUGACGAUAACCCGCCAGUUAGCUUUGUUAAAUUUUCCCCAAAUGGUAAAUACAUACUGGCCGCAACUUUAGACAACACAUUGAAAUUAUGGGACUAUUCAAAAGGAAAAUGUUUGAAAACCUAUACAGGACAUAAAAAUGAAAAAUAUUGUAUAUUCGCUAACUUUUCAGUGACAGGGGGUAAAUGGAUUGUGUCUGGUAGUGAAGACAACAUGGUAUAUAUUUGGAACCUGCAAAGUAAAGAAGUUGUACAAAGACUUCAAGGUCACACUGAUACUGUUCUUUGUACAGCAUGCCAUCCAACAGAAAAUAUAAUUGCAUCAGCUGCUCUUGAAAAUGAUAAGACGAUAAAACUUUGGAAAAGUGAUACAUGAAUACUAAAACUGAAGUUUAAAGUUUUUAAAGUUAAGAUUUUAAUUAUAAUUUUUUUCACUUAUGCAAAAAUAAUCUGUUUAAUUCAUAAACUAAAACAGUUUAUAAAGCCUUUAUAACAAAUAAAUAAAAUCUAUA